CCGCCCACCCCCCCCGGUAAACACCGUGUCCGGAAGUAGCCCAGCUUUUAGCAACUUUUUGCACUCCUCGAAUGUUGCGGGUUCGGGCCAGGGCAGCACCAAUGAGCCGGAGCGAUCCAGGUCCGGACGUGUGCGGUUCUGCUGGUGCUGCUCGCCACAUGGGGCCGUUAGCCUGUUAGCCUGCUAGCUAGUCCCAGGGAACUUCCAUUCAGACUUGAAACAACAUGUCCCGAGGAGACGUCCGAGGACACUUCUUGUACCAGCUGCCGGCUCCGGUUCACUGGGAGUUCUGCCGGGUCAUGGAUGGCCUGUCAGACUUGGACUGGACCCGCUUCGCCUCUGAGGUCCUGCAAGACCAAGUCAGCGUGCGAUUGGCUGAGAGGAAAGAGAGGCGGACCGACUGUGUAAUGAGCCAAUGGAUGAACAGGAAUGGUCGCGUUGGGGACCUGCUGGACCUGCUGGAGCAUCUCCAGCUUCUCCGCCCCAGAGACGUCAUCCUUGGCUGGGCGUCCAGCUUGUCACCACCGGCUCCUGUUGCUCCUCCAGCUGCUCCCUUUCGGCCUCCUGAUGCCUUCUGUGCCUUUGACCCGCCCCCCAAAUUUGUGGUGGCCCCGCCCACACUGACCACUCACGUGAUCGGCAAUAAAGUAGAUAAAGGAGGAGGAGGGACCCUACCCAGACCUGACCCACCUCCCUUCAGUUUACAGUCCGAAAGACCUGGAUCCCCCCAGGCCCCUCCUGUGGUAGCGAUCGGCGACGGCGGCUGCGGUGUGAUGCGCUGGUCGUAUGAAGAGGUGCAUGCUGGGACGGAGGGCUUCUCUCCUGCCUUGCAGGUCGGCGAAGGCGGCUUUGGAAACGUGUACAGAGCGUCCAUGAGGAACACCGACUGUGCAGUCAAGCGGCUCAAAGAGGACUGUCUCCUGGACUUUGCCGUGCUGAAGGAGAGCUUCGACGCUGAAGUGGAAAAACUCUCCAAGUUUAGACACCGGAACAUUGUGGACCUGCUGGGUUUCUGUGAGGGACCAGGAGGUUUUUGUCUCAUCUACAGCUACAUGGAGAACCGAUCCCUGGAGGACCAGCUGCAUAGUGGGUCCCGCGCCCUCCCCUGGUCCGAGAGGGUCCGCGUUGUUGUGGAAGCGUCAGCAGCGCUGCAGUUCCUCCACUUCCCACCAGAGGGGCACAGCGCCGUCAUCCAUGGAGACGUCAAAAGCUCCAACAUCCUGUUGGACCGCCACAUGGUGGCCAAGCUGGCGGACUUCGGUUUGGCCCGCUUCGUCCCUCAGCGCCCGGCGUCCAAGACCACGACGCUGGGCCGCACAUCCACGCUGAGAGGCACGCAGGCGUACCUGCCCGAGGAAUACGUGAGGAACGGAAAGCUGGGGACCACGGUGGACGUCUACAGCUUCGGAGUGGUGCUGUUGGAGGUCCUGACUGGUCGGCGAGCUCUGGUGAAAGAUACUUAUCUGAAAGACCUGGUCCAGGAUGUCCAGGAGGGUCCGGAUGGUUCUUCUACAUCGGCCUGGAGACAACAACUGGACCGGCGGCUUAUCACAGCAGGGGGCGCCACAGAGCCGGUCGGCAGCAUGCAGAUGGCGGCGCUGGCCUGCGUGUGUCUGGACAAGAUGUGGAAGAAGAGGCCGGACAUGAAGCAAGUGCUUGACAAACUUCAGGACAUCCACAAGCUGGUGGGCAAGAGCGACCGCCCGUGUCCCCCGCCCUCGUCAGACUGCAGUGUGGCGGUUCUGAGCCAGCAGUUGUCCAGUCUGGGACCACUGGAGGACACCUACAAGCCCCUCUCCUCCCUGCCUCCCCCUCCGUCCUCUUUCUCCUCCUCGUUUGAAGGUCCGUGUGAAACUGACGAGAGUCGAGGCUUCUCUCAAUACCACCUGUUUGCCUCCAAAACUUUGUCCACGCCCACCAGAGACCAGAAACACAGUCAAAGCCGCCCCUCCCAGUCCUUGUUCGGAAAGCCUUCUCAGGACAAUGUCCGUCCAGGACCCAGCCUGCAGCCCAGUAGCCCUCAGAUGGGGGUGGUACCGGGACCAGGUUCUAUAGAGCAGCCUGGAGCAGAAGGCUUCUCUCCCGCGGGAUCGCUCCAGUCAGUGAGUCCACAGUCCUCAGGUCGCUUUCCCCCAGACGGUGCGCAGCCUGGCAAGGCGUCCAGGUGUCCGGAGGAGAGCGACGAGCUGGAUUUUCUUGCCGACUGCUGAUGAGUAGAACUGAUGGACGGAAUCAAACCUGUGACAUGUACAAAACCCAAAAGCAGUGAAGUUGGCACG